AUGAAUUCAACCAACUGUAAGCCGAAUGCACCAGGCGAGGAGCCACCGGACAUUAUCAUCCCAAAAAUAUUUAUUGUCAUCCUUGUGAUCUUAAUAAUCGCUAUCACUUUCGGAAACUCGCUCCUGUUUAUGGCUUUUCACAAAUUUUCAAGUCUGAGAAGUGCGUCCAACAGCAUUCUGAUGAGUUUGUGUGCAGCUGACAGUUUAACAGUGGUUGUUUUUGCUUUGGACAUCUCCCUUUUGGCUCACAAACCAAAAGGAACAAAUCCUGAUUCUGAUGCUCGUAGUCUCAUGUGUACAUUUAGUGGAGUUUCAACCAUUCUACUCAUUUCAGUGAUUACCGUGCAUCUCGCUUUUAUCAGCGUCGAACGCUUCAUCGCCGUGAAGUUUGCAUUGAGAUAUCAAAGCAUUGUAACUACCCGCCGCACAAUGCUCACCUCCCUCGUCGUCUGGCUCUGGGCUAUUGCUGUUGCAGUUGUAUUACCACACUCCGCAUUAGACGGCAAGAUUUUCAAAGAGCUUUACCAUGCUCUGCAUCCAUGUUCCGCAUGCUCUCGAGAAAAGCGGAAAACAAUGCCUCCUGCAGCCUUGGGAUAUGUCAUCUUCUGGGUGAUUUCGGUUCUUGUCAUACCAAUACUGAUCAUUCUAUGCUCGUACGGAUACAUCUACCUUAUUUCUCGUAAGCACAGGCGGGAGAUCGAAGAUCAAGUAAACAUUCAAGGAGCAGCCACCACAUGGGAAGAAAUGAAAGGCGCUCGUACCGUGGCCAUUGUGAUUUUCUUUGUACAGCACAUUAAUAAGAGUUCAUGCGAGAACUCAGAACAAACUUUGCUGUUGUCAGGGAACCGGAAUGUAUCAUAUUACAACUUGUAA